AUGCCUUUCUACCGCUUUCUCAAUGAUGAAGCUGACAUGGUCACUGGUCAUGACUGGGAGGAACUCGACGAGACCGAUUCAGACCAGGAACCACUAGGACCCGAGUCCUCACCGAGCCCUCCACCUCCGUCGUUGCAUAAACCCCUUAUCAUUGAUAUACCCUCCGCUGAGUCGGAUGAUGAGGAGAUAUCACACGAGCAAGCAGAGAGCAGGCGAGACAGGCCAGGAGAACCAGACAAGAGGGACCUGUCAGACGGUGAGGCCGAGCCUAGGCUGAGAGAAACAUUUCCUGGUCAGAGGCAGAUUGUGCGAGAGACCGAUACCGGAACAUAUCCCGUUACUUAUGAAAGUGAAGUCAGAGACGAGUCUCCGGGCGACCUCGUGAGCAGCGUGGCCGAAAACGACGGGCUAUUCCGUGAUGAAGAGCAGGCGGAGAUGUUCAGAAGGCAGCUCAUCAGCGGCGGGGCUGUGCAUCGAAGCGGCGAAGAGCAAGAAGUCGACAAUAACAUGCUAAAGCAACGGCCCAGAGGAUCACUAUCUGCCUAUGUCCCGCCUGUGGGACGGAAGCCGGAGGACAAUGCCCUACAACGCAGUGAGGACUCAUCCAGACACUUAACGGCCGAUGUAUCUGAAGAUGGGGAAGACUUUCACAGCGAUCCAUUUGAAGUUGAUAUAGUCCACGAGUGGACUAUGGUCUUGCAAAUGGCAAUAUCACAAAUUCUCGAGUGA